AUAUCUUCUUUAUAUCCACCCCCACCCCCAUACUAUAAGUUUUUCACCGAUGAAAGUCUCCACAAAUUCAAUGAAUUAAAAUCAAAAACCCCAUCCAUAACUGAAGAACAAUUACCAGAUGAAGAAAAAAAUUUACAAUACCUUAUACCCCCAAAGCCACCAUCCGGAGAGACUUAUAGAUCUUUUGGUAAUAUUUGGCACUUUAAUGACAAAAUACCAAGAUUGGAAGAUAUGGGAAUUGCCCAAUUAUACAAAGAAUCUGAUAUACCCAAUGGGGAAGACUCUAAAUUUAAAAUCGAAGAGUUGAAAAAGUUGUUAAAAUCCCUAUUGUUGAAUUUUUUGGAAAUUGUGGGUGUGAUGAGUGUUUCUCCUGAUCAAUUUGUCGUUAAGAUUGAGCAUAUAAGGACCAUAUUGAUCAAUAUCCAUCAUUUGUUGAAUGAGUAUAGACCCCAUCAAUCUAGAGAAUCAUUAAUUUUACUAUUGGAGAAACAAGUUGAAACUAAAAAAGAUGAAAUCAAAGAGAUAGAGCGUGUUUGUAAUGAGGUUGAGUCCAAAAUCAAAAAUUUG